CACUUACUGUAAUUACUUAUUACCGUAUGAUAUAAGUAUGGUGUUGAAUUUUUAUGUCAAAAAACACAACACACUUUUAUUGUGAGGUGGAUGUAACGAUAUACAGUUCCUAAUUUCUGGCUACUUAAAUUUGAAUGUGUAUUUAAAAUCCCUUAUCAAGUACUGUUCGGUUGUAUUCAAUGUGUUUGACGAGUACGCCAGUAAUAAUGUGUUAUUUUCUUGAUAUGUUAUUAGUUAUUCUUGUUGCGCUUUUAAGUUUUUUUUUAAAGACGGGAAUUAAAAAAUGCAGCUGUCCAACACGCACAACUUGUUAUCGACUCUGCAAAAUGACAGUUUUAAACGAGAUAAAGUAAGUUCAUUUUCCUAUCAGCAACAGAACACCUGUCUGCCUCGACUGUUUUUGCAAGGGCAAACUCAAUUGAGGCGAAACAAUGGUUUUUCAGUUGUUAAGUAAUUCAGUAAUCUGAAUUUUGAUAAUCGCUAUUCAAUAACAAGGGUAGUGCACGUUGUUUUUUUUUUUUGUUUGUUUUGUUUUGUUUUUAAACUUAAAUUGGGAGAUUGUUAUGCGUCAGGGGGUAUAACAAAAAAAAAAAAAGUGUCAACGGUUGUUUGAAUAAGUGAUAAUUGGGGUAGUACCGCACUCCCACUGUGAGCGAGAUACAGCAGUGGGGUGGCAGACAAGCGUUAGGGCGCAGUCAGGUGUUCUUGCUGUUAUAUUCUGAUUAACUUCCUCCAGUCCCAGCUGCGAGUCUGAAGAAUGCAGUCCGUUUCAUUGAAGAACUCUUUAGACCACCUGGUCGAAGCGCUGAGGUUCCUUAGGAAAGCCCGUCUAACUCGAAUUGAAUUUGGAGCAGGUAUUUACCAGGAUGAAUUUAGCAAAGACAGUCAAUCACCAGAAACUCGUCCGGUGAAAGUUGGCAAUUCUGGGCCAGGAGUUUUGAAAGCUGAUGGUUCGGGAUGGAAGCACACCUCAGAUCACAGGCAGACGCCAGUGACACCAGUCCGCACCCUUGCACAGAAAGCUAGACGAAGCAUUCUAACCAGACUAACAGAGAUCGCUUCUCAGUUGAUGGAAGCAGAGCGCAACAUUCAAUGCACACCCCUUCAGGCACAGGGAGUUUCUAUUCACUCAAAGGACAGCAUUGAACUUCGAAACAUCUGUAGUCGUAUAGCAUCACAGGCAGAGCUCUCCCAACCAGACAGAGACCUGAAGGAACUGCAUGGCUGCUUGAAAUCAAUCACAGAGAACCUGCUGUCAUUGUUGUCUGCCUCCAGCACUGAUUCCAUAUACCACAUACAGCAUACCAGAAAGCUCCAACACAUCCUCAGGGCUUUUCCAGAUAUUUGAAAAGAUCUGCUGUAUUUCAGUUGUAAUCAAUGGUCCACUGAUAGGGUUUUAUGCAGGCAAUGUUUUUUCUGUUUUUUUUUUUUUCUGCAAGGAAUUUGAUUUUGGAGAGAAGACAAGCUUUGAUAAAGAAGCAAGGGUCUGUGGUGUAACACUUUCCUUUUUACUGUCUGUGUCAUGUGGUGCAUAAUUGUGCUGGCCCAACACUUUUAUUGCAUCAGUUGGUAGCAUUUAAAGAUGGUACAAUUACAUUUUAUAUAUAUAUAUAUAUUUUUUUCUUUUCAUUUUAAGGUUUGUGCCAUAUGUAGGGCCUAUUUCAAGAUAUUUUCAGUGCAGUGCUAACUUGUGUUGAACAAGUUUGAAGCACCAAUAAACUCAGGUGUUGCGUUCUUAUUCUUAAUACAGAAUACCUGCGAACUACUUUAGAUAGUCACACAAUGUAAUCAACAUUUAAGCAUGUUUAAUUUAGGUUAAUUUUAGUGCAGAUUAAGACUCACUCUGGUAUAUGUAUGUUUAUAUAACAUUUUCACUAAGGUACUGUAUGUGGUCGUGCUUGUUUUGAGGGAUUUGCAGAAGAGAUCCAGGAGGAAUAAAAUCUUGAUAUUAACAGUUUCUAAAAUCUAAACUGAAAUCACUGAAAUGUUUACAAUAUGGAUGUAUUCUGUUACAACCGCAUAGUUUAUCAAAGUAACUCAAAUGGGAUUGUUAUGAAUGAGCCAUUUCUUAUGCAGUGGGCAGUUAAUGUGACAUUUUCAAGUGGUUAAAUGAUUAGUGUUACCCAAAAUUUCAAAAUCCAUUUUCUUUUGUUGUUUUCUUGGCAUUCACAGCAUAAUCACUUCCUCUUACUUCUAAAACCUAUUUAAGAUCUUUUCUUUUGUAUACUUUAACUAUGUACACUGUAGUUUUAACAAAAAUGAAAAGAAAUCUGCCUGGAAUGUGAUCAGUUCUAAUGCAGCUGACCAUUUGAGUGAAACCGAACUACAGCAAAGGAAGAGGGUUUAAAUCCUUGGUAGUUACCGUUUAGUUCUUUUAUGUUUUUUUGGGGGGGAUUUUUGUUGUUUUGUUUACUAUGCUUUAGUUUGGUGGUUCGCUAUAGUUACUUGAAACGUAUUAUAUAGGGAAUUCUUUAUACCUACAGGCUCUCUCAAAAUGUUUACCUGCAAAAAUUUCAAUA